UGUCGGUGAGGGAGGACACGAAGUAGAGGAUGUGGAGUGUGAAAGGCUCCGGAGGCCUUCUGGGCGCGAGUUUCGAGACACGCAGGGCAGCUCUGCCCUUUGGUUUCGGGUUUGCCGCCCAAGAUGCGACAGCACGUUUCGCCAAUCAGAGCAGCAGAGCUUAGAAGAGGGCCACAGCGUCUAUUGGAUUAACGCUAUCGGGACAAUCGCAGAGCAGACGUGUAAAGGCGGCGGAGAUGUGGGAUACCCGAUUGGGAAGCGAUCGAUAUAAGGAGCAGAGGGUGACGGACGGUUUGGGAGAUUCCAGGGGAACAGGAGAAGACUGCUGUGAAGAAGCGGGGCGAGAGUUGGGGGCUUUGGUGGGGAGGCGUGCAUGCGCUAUGCGAGGGACAGAAAUAGUAGAUGGGCGGCACCUAGGACGAGAGAAGAAAGGUGCAGCCCAUGCGGACUACGCUGUCGGUGAAUCACAGAAUAACAGUAUAAUGUCACAAACGGAGUUCGCUCUCGAGGGCGCCUUUGGUGUUGUUUGUAGGGCACAUACGGCAUUAUCUUCGCAUGACCCUUGUGCCGAGCCUCACUUUGUUCUUUGCCGCUUCAGGGCUCGAUAUACACAGGACGGAGUAGAUCUAUACGCCCUAACCAAUACAACUCCGGGAAUGCUUGUUCACGAGGGGCGCACUUGCAUGAAGCGUCAAUAUUAUCAGAGUCUAUACAGAAAAGCAGAGUAGGCCUGCAGCUUCAUGAUACUUUCUACCACUGCACCCCCGAGCUUUCAGUUUCGCCCAGAGACUGAAGUCCAAAUACUCUCUCACUCGCCGCUCUCACCCAAUCGCUUUUCCUCG